UCUACAGUUUGACUUCACACACUCGUUUCGUAACAUAAAAAUCCCAAAUAAAAAAAUAAAAAAAUGGGUAACUGCAACGCCACCACCAGCGACGGCGCCAACCCCCCGCCCACCGGCGACGGAGGGAAACACCCCGCCAUCAACGUGGUCCCCGCCGACGCGCCUCCGCCUCCGCGGCGCCCCCUUCCGACGGGCACAGGGCGCGUGCUCGGCCGCCCCAUGGCCGAUGUCCACUCCGUCUACGCUUUCGGCCGGGAGCUCGGGCGGGGCCAGUUCGGCGUCACCCACCUCGUCACCCACCGCGCCACGCGCGAGGCCUUCGCGUGCAAGUCAAUCGCCACGCGCAAGCUCGUCACCCCCGACGACGUCGCCGACGUCCGCCGCGAGGUGCAGAUCAUGCACCACCUCACCGGCCACCGCAACAUCGUCGAGCUCAAGGAGUGCUUCGAGGAUCGCCACAAUGUGCAUUUGGUGAUGGAACUGUGCGCCGGCGGGGAGCUCUUUGAUCGGAUUAUCGCCAAGGGGCAUUACUCCGAGCGCGCCGCCGCGGGGCUCUGCCGCCAGAUUGUCACCGUGGUGCACGCCUGCCACUCCAUGGGGGUUAUGCAUAGGGAUUUGAAGCCGGAGAAUUUCUUGUUGUUGAGCAAGGAUGAGGAUUCGCCGCUCAAGGCCACUGAUUUCGGAUUAUCUGCGUUUUUCAAGCCAGGAGAUUCGUUCAAAGAUCUAGUUGGUAGUGCAUACUAUGUGGCUCCUGAAGUACUGCGUCGAAACUAUGGUGCCGAAGCUGAUAUUUGGAGUGCUGGAGUGAUACUGUAUAUCUUACUCAGUGGUGUUCCACCCUUCUGGGGAGAUAAUGAGCAGGGAAUAUUUGAUUCUAUUUUGCGAGGGCACCUUGAUUUUGUUUCGGAUCCAUGGCCAUCAAUAUCAAGUAGUGCCAAAGACCUUGUGAAGAAGAUGCUUAUGGCUGACCCUAAAUCCCGGCUAACUGCAAUUGAAGUCUUAAAUCAUCCGUGGAUGAGAGAAGAUGGGGAUGCACCUGAUAAGCCUCUGGAUAUUGCUGUUUUGACUAGAAUGAAGCAGUUCCGUGCAAUGAACAAACUCAAGAAGUUAGCUCUUAAGGUGAUUGCAGAAAAUCUUUCUGAAGAAGAAAUCAUGGGCUUGAAGGAAAUGUUCAAAUCCAUGGAUACAGACAACAGUGGAACAAUUACAUAUGAAGAACUCAAAGCUGGUCUACCUAAGCUGGGCACGAAGCUUUCUGAGUCUGAAGUGAGGCAGUAUAUGGAAGCGGCUGAUGUUGAUGGAAAUGGGACAAUUGAUUACAUCGAGUUUAUAACGGCUACUAUGCACAUGAACCGAAUGGAGAGAGAAGACCUUCUGUACAAAGCCUUUGAAUUUUUUGACAAGGAUAAGAGCGGGUACAUAACUGUGGAAGAAUUGGAGCAAGCCUUGAAGCAAUACAACAUGGGCGAUGCUAAAACAAUAAAGGAAAUCCUUGCAGAAGUAGACACUGAUAAUGAUGGGAAGAUCAACUAUGAUGAGUUUGUGGCAAUGAUGAAGAAAGGCAACCCAGACAUUGUAGGAACGAGGAGGAGAAAAUAGAAUCAACAUAUGAUCUAGACGAGCUUUGUUCGAGUUAGUUUCAUUUCGAGCAGAGGCUGGUUCAGCGCUUGAUUCAUUUAAACUUAAAUACGGUGUAGUUCAUGGCCUUUCUCGUGUGUGCUUGAUAAUCUGUUCGAGGUUGAAGUGCAGUCGUGGAGGCUGCACCUGUUCAGGUACGUGAUCUGCUGGUGAAGGCAAAUUUAUUAAUCACAUAUGUUUUGUAUUAUACAGACAGAUUGCUGAUUGCGCAUGUAGUGACAAAGUUUUAUGUUGUUUAAAGAUAACUUUUUGGGAAAAUGAUUCCAAUCGUCAACCGAUUUUUUA